AUGUAUUAAAUCUUAUUAUACAUUACUUCCAUAUUGGCAGUUCAUAAAUUUGAAUAAGGAUUUGUUAAUCAUUUCAACUACGUUUAAAAUCCAAAUUUGAUUUUAUUUUUGAGUUCAACCUAAUUCAGACAAGAAGAAAUUUAUAUUCCUUUUUAAAAGUAAUUCACCUAAGUUCCAAACGUUUACUUAAAUGUUGAGACACUUGAUUUUGAAUAUACAUUUCCUCAAGGAUAUUCAUUAGAUCUACAUAGUGUUGGCACAAAUGGUACUAUGUAUUAACUUAAAUAAUAGGUUUUAAAGUGAAAAUAGUAUGCGAGAGUACGCACAUAUUUUAUGCUGUUAAUUUUAAUUGGUUUGCAUUUAAUGAUGAGAGAGUCUAAAUCAUAAAUAAUUUUAUGAUAACCAACCCCUAAAAUUAGUACACUCAUUUUUACUAAAAAAAUUGCUAAAUAAAUGUGGCCCUAUCUAAUUUUAUAAGUUAUUAUGCUUUAAGUUCAUAAUAUAAUUAUUAAACGGUAUAAAAAUAUAUUAAUUAGGGAUUAAUUUUGACAUCCGAAUCUGUGACUAUAAGCUUUUAAUUCUAAGGUAUUUAACAAUUUGGAUAUCAAAUAUUAUUGAGUAGUUCGGACAUUUUCUUAAUUGGCCCCACUAUAAUCAGCAUUUAACCUUAAGGAUCAAACUAAGUUGUAAAUUUUCCUACAGGAUGGACUAUAUAAAAUUGUUUUGCAAAUCUUUUAGGUUUUCAACAUGAUGGAUCUGAAAAUGUUAGAUUUUUCACAAAUAUAACAUAUUCUUCUUAAGUUACUGCUGGAAUUUACCCUUGUAAUUAAUUAUAAAUAUUAUAGGGUCAUCCACUUAUAUUUAAUCAAUGCAAUAUAAUCAUUAUUGCAUUAAUCAUGCUUUUUUUGAACUUGCUAAAUUUAACGGCUUGAUGUAAUCGAGAUUUCUUGAUCCAAAUAAUGAAAUAGAUACUCAUAUUGAAAUUAAGGAGAUAAGCUACUCUUAAAAUCAAAUUUUAUCAGAGGAAAUCGUUAUUGCAUAAACAAUUGAAUCUAUAUCGAUUAUUUUCUAUUGGUAAUGUAUAGAUAAGGAGCUUUUAAAGAUAUAAAUAUUUUGUCCAGAAUAAUGGUGUACUUAAACUAACAUCAAAUGUGAUAUCAAUAAAAUUCAUACUGUUAGAUUAUUAGCAAAGUUUUUGUUAAAUUAGAAUUCAUAAAAUUAUAUAAAAAUUUCUAAGACCUCAGUUUCAUUAUCCGCAACCUAAGUUAUUAAAUUAUCUAAUGAAUAUGAAAAACUGUUAUUCAAACUAGAAAAAGUAGCAUGA